UAAGGCUCUACCUUGCUAGUUAAAGUUUUCCUCAAAGGAUCUUAUACAUAUAUAUAGAUACUAUCUUUUUGCAAGCUAUAAAUAUCUUAGAGACAAUAUAUAAGAUCAUAAUAAAGGUCUUAAAUACAGAAAUAUUAAUUAGUCUGUAGUUUGAUCACCAAUUCCUGAUGGAAGGAGCAAAUGCAGCAGCCCUUCAACCUCCAACUUAUGGAAACCUAAUCACUGUUCUAAGCAUUGAUGGAGGUGGAAUAAGAGGCAUUAUCCCCGGAACCAUACUUAGCUUCCUAGAAUCUCAACUUCAGAAAUUAGAUGGUGAGGAUGCAAGAAUCGCAGACUACUUUGACGUCAUUGCCGGAACAAGCACCGGCGGUCUAGUAACCGCCAUGCUUGCUGCCCCAAAUGAGAAGAAUCGCCCCGUGUUUGCUGCCAAGGAUAUCAAGGACUUCUACCUUAAUGAGUGUCCUAAGAUCUUUCCACAACGCAGUUGUGCAUUAUUUCCUCAAACGACAAAGGUGAUAAAAGCAAUAUCUGGACCAAAAUAUGAUGGGAAAUAUCUGCAUCGUCUCGUUAAGGAAAAACUAGGCAACACCAGAUUGAACCAGACAUUAACUAAUGUUGUAAUUCCAACAUUUGAUAUUAAAAGACUCCAGCCAACCAUCUUUUCCAGCUACCAGGUUAAAAACAAACCAUGCUUGGAUGCUCUACUGUCAGACAUUUGCAUUUCAACCUCUGCAGCACCAACUUAUCUUCCGGCCCAUUAUUUCGAAACCAAAGACGAGAAGACAGGGAAAGUGAGAGAGUUCAAUCUCAUAGAUGGUGGCGUUGCUGCAAAUAAUCCGACUCUAGUUGCUGUAGGCGAAGUCACGAAGGAAAUUACGAAGGGAAGCCAAGACUUCUUGGCUAUAAAGCCAAUGGAUUAUAGAAGAUUUCUCGUCAUAUCAUUAGGAACUGGGGCACCAAAAGCUGAAGAGAAAUAUCAUGCCCAUGACGCAGCAAAAUGGGGUGUAAUAGGUUGGUUAACAAGCAACGGCUCCACACCUUUAGUCGAUGUUUUUACACAUGCAAGUGCUGAUAUGGUAGAUUUCCAUAUUUCUGUGGUUUUUCAAGCCCUUCGUUGUGAAAGUAAUUAUCUUCGGAUUCAGGAUGAUACGUUGAGCAAGACAGUUUCAUCUGUAGAUGUAGCUACAAAAGAGAACUUGGAUAAUCUUGUGAAAGUUGGUGAAGGGCUGUUAAAGAAACCAGUUUCGAGGGUGAACUCGGAGACUGGAAUAUACGAGUCCCUUACUAAGGAGACUAAUGAAGAGGCUCUUAUAAGGUUUGCCAAACUGCUUUCUCAAGAGAGGCGGCUCCGCCAUGCUAAGUCACCACAUGGAAAAAUGCCGAAUCAUAGUGACGAUAGGAUUUGAUUUCUGAUACUUGUAUUUUUAUUGUUUUAUACUUUAAAUGUACAAGUUAAUUAAACGAAGGGCACAAAUGCCCUUCACUUUAAUUACGAUUAAUUAAUUCUUUAUUUGUUGUUAGUAUUGAAGUUGAAUAAUUCCCACAAUGGGAUGAAAGUAUUGUAAUGUUUUUCUUUAAAUUCUUA